CCCUUGUCGAGGAGAUGGGAUGGGUGUGGCCGGGGUCAUGUGCAGAGGGGAGGGGCUUGGCGUGUCUGGGGGCGGGGCUAUGCUGAAGCCCGCCAGCUGUUCGCAGGAGAUGGGCUACAUGCUGAAUGCGGAGCGCUGCGCUAGCACGGCGAACGAGAACAUCGCGGCGAACGAGCGCGACGGAGGGGCAGAGUACGGCGGGGGGAGGGGCGAGCUGGUGGGUGGGGUGGAGCACUUCAGUGAAGACGAGGAGAGAGACGCGGACCGAGACGCCGAGAGAGACCGGCAGACUCCGCACACGCGCAAACAGAGACAGCCGCUGAGACUGCAGGUGCUGGGUGGCGAGCAUGUGGUGGUGAAGAACGAGGGUGUGCAGGAUGGAGACGGUCUGUUUGAGAUGGACGAGAGAGGAAACACAGCGCAUCAGCCCGCCUACGCACAGGGUGGCUUCUACGAGGACUCGGCCGUGUUCUCGGGUGGUUUCUGGCCUCAGGCGGAUCCGCAGGCGUCUCUGGGCUCAAAUCCUCGCGGCAGGGUCACCAAACCCCCGUCUCCGCCGCCGGCCUCCCAGAACCUCAGCAGCCAGAUGCUGUUCCAGUUUCCUACCAGCGAAUCACAGCAGCCGUCCUUCUUCGUGGGCGGACCCAUGGUGAUUGACAGCCUGGCUGAGUCGUGCCAGCAGGCCCCGCCCCCCGCCUCCCUGACCCCGGCUCCGCUCCCCUCCACCCCAGCAUGCCUGGCGGGGCCCAGCUUCGCGCCGCAGGGCUCGGAGACGUCCUUCGACUGCAGCCACUGCGGGAAAUCACUGCGCUCCCGCAAGAACUACAGCAAGCACAUGUUCAUCCACUCCGGUACGGGCUUCAGUUACAAUAACAAUAACAACUCAGUUAAUAUCAAAGUACUUUCUGAGUCACUCAGGCAUAGCCGCGGGAACAUAUUUUGUCCAGGGGGGGCUGAGAAAUAAAACUUGUGGGGAAGGGGGAGUCACGUGACAAGAGUGAUGCAAGAAGACUCUAUGA